CGAAAAACAAACAUUUCACUGCAAAAGAAAUUGUUUUGCGACAACGAAUAAAUAACAAAUCAACUAUUUUUGUCAUUGCUAAGUAAAAAUAAAGAAAUGGAAACAAACGACGAAAAGGUGAUUUGGCCAAGUACACGUGUUGCCAAAGGCGGUAUUUUCAAUUUACCAAAGGUUAAGUACAGCAAAGAGACGCAUGAUUUUUUAAAUUUGUUAAUGGAAGAGCAAAAAUUGAGCAUUCUGCAACGAAAUAAAAUCAAUUAUAUACUUCGGUCGGGUCAAUCGUUGCCAAAAUCGACGUCCAAACGAAAACCAAUCGUCGAUCGUUUCCCCGGUCUCGAUGCGAUGCGUGCAAAAAAUGCCAGGCGUCGUACAUUAGAUGUGAUAAAAGCAAGUGGUGGCUACGAUCGUGCUAAAUUCACUCCAAAAAGUUUCGAACCAUCCGAAUUGAAGAAAGUGCGAUUGCAAGAAGAGAUGAGCGGACUAAAGCAUGAUUUUUCCAUUGAAAAUGUCCAAAAUGUACGGGCUGCAUCAACUCAAUCAAACGAUGACGACAUCGAUCCGGUGGAUGAAUUAUUACAUGAGAUACAAGAGAGGAUGGAUUGGUUAGAGGAAAUGGAGAAACUGGGUGAAGGUCAUAUACAUAGACCAAUGAUUAAAAGUGAGAUUGAAGAGCGAUUGCGCCUUAUUAAACGACUCCAGCCAGACACUCAAAAUGGAAAAAGGUCAGAUGAAGGCAAGCAUUUUUGAGCUUUGCAUCACAAAAAUCACGUUAAUACAGGAUAAAUUAGUUGCACGUAUAAAAUUUUGCAUGAAAAAUCGAUCAACCGUCACUCUACGCGAAGUAAAGUUUCUUUUACAAAAAAAAAAUUCAAAUAAAUAAAGCGACUGAAAAUUUUAAAGAAAAAAGUUUUAUUCAAAUGUGAGAAAAAAACGAUCUCAACGGUACUGGUACUGGUACUAUCUUGCAUUCAGUGCAUGGUGAUUCAAAGAAACAGAUAUUUGCACAGAAAUAAAUAAACAAUCUUUUUAGGGUAUGUUCCGCGCCCAUCUGCAUAGAACGUCUUUGUAAAUGGUUCCAAUAGUGUUGUGAUUGUCUUGAGGAACUUUCACAUAGGCAAAAAACAAGCGAUUGGCCCGAUUACAAAAUUAAAAUCAGAAUAUCAAUGUGAGUUCUCGGCAAUAAAUUUAUUUUUGUGAUAAUGUCACACGAUACGGUCAAAUAUUCUACUAUGGUAAGUGUGUGAAGACGUGUGAGUAUUUGAAAGAAAAGAAAACCUCAGUUUUGCCGAUUGUCU